AGAAAGUACACAUACAAAUAAACAUGGCGAAAUUAUUGUGGGUGUCUUUCUGAUUGAAAUCAGCUGUUUGUAUUUGUUUUUAGUAGAUAAUAAGACACCAUGCUGAUUGACAACUCUGUUGAUGACCUUUCACCUUUGUAACCAUGGCAACAGAAAAGCAGUCAUUUAAAGACAGAACGAUUAAGAAGUUAUUAGGAAACAGGUUCACAAAGAGUUCACACAGUGAUGAGAAUUUGCCAGUCAACCCUAAUAAUGCAGGAAAGUCUUCAACUACUACAUGGUAUGUCCAUGAUGGUGAAUUGGAAAUCGAACCGCUGAUAGACACAGGAGAGAAAGCAUCAUUAUCUAAUAAAACAAAGAAAACAUCAAAGACUGUUCCUGGAAAGAUAUCUAGCAACUGGUUCCUUCAAGAUGAAUCCAAUUUGCAGGCAGAUACCAGUAAGAAGGAAUCACCCCCUGACCAAUCAUAUGCUCCUGUUAAGUUAGAAAGGGCUGGCAGUCUUGGUUCUAAGAAGAAGGUUCAGCCAGAUGGAACAUUUGUGUAUGAUGUGAAGGCCACAGACACACUUUCCAGUAUCGCAGCUCAUUACGAUGUAACACCAUCAGAAUUAAAGAAGCUUAACAAACUGACAAGUCAAUAUAUAUUCCCUCAGCAGGUUUUGUACAUUCCAUCAGAAGAUAGAAAGAAGAAAGCAGAAAAGAAGAAAGAAGUAGAGAUGGUAGUGGGUAGUCCACCAAAGGAUGACAGACCUAGGAUGGACAUACCGAUUGUCAAGAUGGCCGACAAGCCACCAUCAAGGGUACCAGGUCAUGCUCAAAGACAGACACCAGUUACCUCCCCUAAAGAUGAUGCUGAGUUUGUCAUACCACAUGUAUUAGAUGAGGAUGAGAUACAACAGCUGGACCAAGAUUGUUACGAACGAUUUAUAAAAGUCAACUGUAAACAUAUUACUGAUGGCCAGGGUGUGGUGUCUGGUGUAUUGCUGGUUACCCCUAACGCUGUUAUGUUUGACCCAAAUGUGUCGGACCCUUUAGUCAUAGAGCAUGGAGCAGACACAUAUGGAGUUAUUGCCCCUAUGGAUAUGAUCAUAAGCUGUGCCAUGUACCACGAUAUAGUUGCUAUGAAUAGAAAGAAAAACAAGGAUGAAUCAGAAGAUACUCCGAAACCAGAGGUAUACCAUGAUAGAACUUGUGCUCAUUAUCAGUCAUGGGUCAGAGGUCAUAGUGUUACAACCUUCAAAAUAGGUUCAAAGGUCAUACAAGAAAAGUCUAGUCCAUCAGGAACCAGCGAACAUUCAGAAACAACAAGUAUUUGUUCAUGUGGUGUAGCUGAUCAAAAACUUUCACCACAAAAAAGUCCGAGUAGCAAUCGAGUACUUACUCAGAGUUAUUCUCCUGUGUCUUCAAACUUUGAAAUUAUAAGUCAGUCGUCUUUUGGCGGGGAAACAACAAAAGAACAUGAAAAUAGUGAUGUUCGUAAAACAUUGUUUGACAAUGAAGCAUCAGAAAAUGAAAAUACUUUAGUCGAAGACAAAACAAAUGAUAACGGUAUUGUGGAUUUAAUCGAUUUAAGUGUGCCAGAAAAUAAAACAGAAAAAUUCUAUCUGGAAGAUAAUGAAAAUGAUUUAACCAAUCAAAAUUCAGACAAAAAUGAUAAUAAAGAUGUUAUUAUUGAAAAUCAACUUGUUUCAGAAAACAAUUCUGGAAGUGAUGAUACAAAUGGAAAUCAAUCUCCAGGUGAGAUGAGAAUCGGAAAUAUUGUUUACAUGCCCGUCUCGGAAAACAGUAAAGGUGAAGUUUCUGAAAAAGAUAUACAGGAUGUCAAAACUACUUUGUCAAGAUUAAGUAUGACCGAUUUUGAAAGCAGGGAUCGAACAUCCUCUGCUCCGGUUGAUGUACCGAUCGUUAGCAUGACAAGUAGGAAAGAAAAAGAAUCGUCAAGUCAACCGAAAUCUCUGGGAUCAUUCAGCGGAUCACUAACUUCUAUUUCCCCUCACAUUAACACUUUCGUAAAUUAUGCAACAGGAUUAUUCAAACCAGACAGUAGGGCUGAUAUUAAAGAUGUUAGUGAAAUCCCAAAGGAAAACCCACGGAAUAGUGAAGUCCGGAAGGAAACUCCACGGAACUUUUCCUCAUCUGGUACUAAUUUAAGUAUUAACAUGACGGAGCAGGAUUUUGCUGUGGCUGUUGAAAGUGCUGUAAAACUUGCUGAUAAACCAGAAUUAUUUCAGUCAUUUGAUAAAUUGAUACCAAAACCAGCUGUAAGUUAUGAAGAUCCCCCAUUGUACCUCUGCAUACGACUAGGUAAACCAAUCAGAGGAGAGAUAUCACAGACCUGUCCUAUUGCUGCUUACAGUAAACAGAAAAAGAAACCAGAAUACUGGUUCUCAAUACCAAGAGAAAAAGUAGAUCCUUUGUAUGCUUUUUUCGUCCAAUGGAAACCUGAGAUUUAUGGAGAUGAUGAUGAUAUGAUGGCUGAAAAAAGAGGAUUUGUCGUCUUGUCUGAGGAUGCUGAAGAUUCAGGAGACAUUGAAAUUUUGGAUGAAUAUUUUGGCGGAGGUAGUUUGCAAAAAGAUUGGGAGUUUAUUGCAGAUAAAAAGAUUAUCAGCGCUGAAGAGAUGAUGAAGAGGAAAUCUAUAGAUACAGAUGAUAUUAUACUGAUGCCUGAAUUACUGGCUAUAUCUAAUAUCUUAGAGGACUUCCACUUAGAAAUGUUGAACUCAGUGAUGCCUCCCCGAACUGUUGGAUAUCCCUGGUCCCUGAUCUACAGCACAGAGAAACAUGGAUUCAGUCUGAAGACAAUGUACAGACACAUGAAUGAUAUAGAUACUCCUAUAUUACUGGUUGUCAAGGAUACUGCAGAAAAUGUGUUUGGUGCCAUGACGUCGUGUGAGAUGAAAGUUAGUGAUCAUUUCUAUGGAACAGGAGAAUCGUUCCUUUAUUCAUUUUAUCCUGAAUUUAAGGUAUUCAGAUGGACAGGAGAGAAUAACUUCUUCAUGAAGGGAAACCAGGAGAGUUUAUCUAUUGGUGCUGGACAAGGUCAGUUUGGACUUUGGUUUGAUGGAGAUAUCUACCAUGGUAGGACCAAUCAUUGUGAGACCUAUGAUAAUGACAUUUUAACAAUCUCAGAGGACUUUGUUGUUAGUUGUUUUGAAGCAUGGGGAUUUACGGAUUGAAAAAGUCAGAAAAACACAUCUGGUUGUUAUGAAUAUUCAUGAGAAGAUUUCGCCAAAACAGCAGAUAUGUGAAGAAAUUUAGCAUUAUAUAAAUAUGUCAGGAUCUCUUUUAUUUCGUAAAAAUUUACAGCAAAAAUGAUUCAACUGUUAACAUGUCUAAAGGUGAAGGUCAGGCUACAGUGUAACCUCAGAGUGGUUCAAGUAGUUCAUCUACUGUAUAACUAGUCGAUUAACAGUGGUUAUGAGUUGGAAAACCCGCAUAUAGCAGGUGUGCUCAACUUAAAUCUUGCUGGACAUGAACUAGGAUUGUUAGUUUUCCUGUCAAAGGUCUGUGUGGUCUCUCCAGCCACUUCAGCUUCCUCAAAACAAUAAAAACAGACUUCCAUGAUAAUAAAAUUUACGGUACCAAUUUUCUUGCACCAGAUGCACAUUUUUGACAAUACAAGUCUCUUCAGUGAUGCUCGUGGCCAAAAUAUUUGAAAUCCAAAGCUUAUAUAAAAGAUGAAGAGAUUUAAUCCAAAAGGUCUAAAAUGUAUAGCCAAAUGAUAUAGCUAUAGUGCUGAAAUUGUUGUUUAUAAAAUAAUCUUCCUGACCUCUUUCCCUGUGGUUCCAAUGGAAUAAGAUAGCAACCCAUUUGGAUAAAAGUAACAUAUUUUCAAAGAUCAGCAUAGUAAUCAACUAUAGAUUAGUGUCAAGCUAUUAAAUCACCCAUUGACCUAAGUCUAGACUUGUUGUGAUUUUUUUAAAUAGAAACUUCCAGAGAUACAAUUUCAACCCAAAAUUGUUAAUAAAGCAUAGGUUUCUGAUUUUUGACCCUCCUUUAGAAAAAAAUGAAGUGCAGUUAAGCUUCAACAUAUGUCUUCUGCUGUCAAAGAGCAGUUGACCAUUUGAAAGAACAGUUGACCAUUUGAUUAUAACAUGUUAACAGUUAUAUGAUUUUUGUUGCACGUUAGCUAAAUAAUCCAGUCUUUCACUUGUAUUGUACAUAGUGCACUAUAAAUAAAGAUUUUGUAAAUAAUUUUAUGUAGUCAAGUAAAACAGUGUAUUAGAGUAUUAUUUGUACUUCUUUUUAAAAGUGCACAUGUACAUUGUAGAAGAAUUGUGGGUAAAUAUGUGUAUUUAUGUACAUUACACAAUAGAUAAUCACUCUCUGUCAUGUUGUAAUUCAUAAUUUACAUGUAUGUAUUAUGUUCACAAUCAAAUUUUGUGACUUUAUUUAUAAAGUGUGUUCUUUUUCAUUGAUUUAUAUUAUUACCAUUAACCAGCAAUUUUCACAUGUGCAGAAAUAGAUCAAGGUGAUUUAAAAAAAAAAUCUAUUAAAGUAUUAUAUAGAUAAAGGAAGAUGUGGUGUGAGUGCCAAUGAGACAACUCUCCAUUCAAAUAACAAUUUAAAAAGUAAACCAUUAUAGGUUAAAGUACGGCCUUCAACACGGAGCCUUGGCUCACACCUAACAACAAGCUAUAAAGGGCCCCAAAAUUACUAGUGUAAAACCAUUCAAACUGGAAAACCAACGGUCUAAUCUAUAUAAACAAAACGAGAAACGAGAAACACAUGUUCAAGUUGCUUCAGGUAAAUGAAGAGGUUUUAUGCUUCUUCUUUAACUUGAAAUAUAAAUUGUCUGUAAGGGGCUAUAUUGACAUCAUAACUGUCUUACAAAAAUUAUUUAUUAAUUGUUCUGCUUGGUUUUGAUUGGUCACAAAUUUCUAUUUACGUAUAGGUCAGCUUAGAAUUAAUUUGUUAAAUGUUCCGUCCUUGUUUUGAGUGAAAGUGCUCUAUAGAAAAAUAGGUAAACAGAUAGUUAUAUUUUGUGUAUGAAUAUUUCUACGCAAUAAACCUGGUAAAGAAAUAGUUCUACAGAUCUUUCAAACCAAUAAAGGGUCCUGUCCUAGCCCUUUUUUUACCUUGCAAGGGCUGUAUAGCCAGUCCAGGUCAUUGAGAACUUCCAUUUGUUCUCUUGAAAUUGGGUUUUGAAGAUCAAAAUAGGAAUAAUAGCCAUCAUGAAAAAGUCUGUUUUACAUUCUAAUACAUUCUAGACAUGUUUACUCAAUAAUAUUACAAAUUUAGUGUAUUCAUGAUCAUCAGCUGAUGUUGAUUUUUUUCAUAUUUUUGUUCAAAGUAUAUGUAUUUUUUUCUUUUUAAUAUCUAAUUAUUGUUAUUACACUAUGUAAUCAAGAUGUAAAUUUAUUAUCUAUUAUUUUAGGGAGAAAAAUUAUGAUUCGUAUCAAAUACACUGAUGUUAUUCUUUUAAUUUUAUUUGCAAUAUAGUAGUUGAAGAUGCUAGUCAUUAUUUUUUUAGAUGUGAUAUUCUACUGUCAUGUGUAUCUACCAUCAUUGUGUUAAUUUUACCAUAUCUAUAAGAUCUCUCAGUAGACCAUUUUCAUACUAUACUUUUGUUCCUUGAUUUUAUAAUUUAUGACAGAUUAUCUUCUCUUGGAUAAAAUAAAAUAUUAUUCUGUCAAGUAAGAUCAAGCAAAAGAAGUCAAAUCACUUAUAAUCGGUGUAAUUUGAAGGAAAAUUUUAUUGUUUUAUGAAGUUUUGUCAUGCAUAGAAAACAUUAAACGACCAAUUCCCAUUCUAAAUUGUACCAAUCGUAAGCUUGAUUUUACUUCUUUUGAUCGCUCCUACUUGACUAAGUAUCAGGAUGUCCAACCACAGAGAAAGUGACCUAUUGAAAAAAGUCUGUUGGCUGGUGCAUAUUUAUAUGUUUCAUAUACAUAUGUUGCAUAAUUAUGUAAAUUAUUAGAAAAAACCGUUUGCAUUUUCAAUGUUAUUUUGUGUCAAACUUUAUUUUAGUAAAGUUUAGUUUAGUAUUUGUGAGGGGUUUAUAUUUUGCUAAGAUUGAGAUGUAAUUGAAAUCAAGAUAUCAUUUUUACUGGCAUACCUAUUCACUCCUUAAAUCCUAAAUUUGUGCUUCAAAGAAGAUGAGAAUCAGAAACAAGUCAAUCAUGCCAAAAAAAAGUUUGAAAUUGGGGAGUAAAAAUAAACCAUUUUAAGAUACUUGAUAUAAACCAAGUUCUUUUAUAGUACAAUGUACUGUUAAAAUCACGGUCACAGUCACAUGCAGUAAUCAGGUUCGUUUUAUGUUGCUGGUUUGCUGUCUUAUGAACAUAUACCCUAAAAAUAAACAGUAUAUUUGAUGGAAUGCUGAAAGUUGUUUUACUUUAAGACCUAGUUAAUUAUUUUACUUUAUUAAAUACUCAUAAAAUAAUUUCUUGAAAUUGCACUCUUUAUUUCAGGGCUUGUUUUCUUUUCAUUUCAAUACUCAUUUAUUUAAAAAAUAUCUUCACUAUGCUUGAACAACAUUCAUGCUUUUGCACAUUCCAAAAAUCAAACUGCAUUCCUAUUAGGCUUCCAAGUAUUUAAGUUAAUAAAUCAUGAUGUGGUUGAUAUUUAAAAAAAAAAGCUUAUUUUUUUGCUUCAGCUACGAUUUAAUAUUUUCAUAUUUUAUUGAAAUGUUCAAUAAUUGGUGUAUUAAAUUAAGUAUACCCAUGUCAUUAUUUGUGAGUUAAGUAUGCUAUGAAUAAUUCUAAAGUAAAAUAUGUGAAAGCUUUUAUGAACUGCCAGUCUUUUUAAUUCAUUCGACAUUUUGCUGUGAAAAUAUUGAAUACUGAAAUAUUGCAUUGAAUUCGUCUCCCUUUGUAAUUGAUCUCAAAUAUUUUCAUAGAAGUACACCAUUUUUUUCAAUGUUUUCUGUGGAAUUAUCUGUUUGCUUUUAUGGAGGACCAAUCACACAAAAUGAGCUGAAGCAUAAAAAUCAUAGACUCAAUUGACUUAUUUAUUUAUAAUUUUUUAGAACUUGCAUCUCAAUUUAUAUCACAGUCUAAACUCAAUUUGAUUAAGAGCUUGGCUUAAGCCAUAUUUUUUUUAUAUUCUUUAAAUGUUGAAAUCAGUAUAUUGACCUCAUAAUGUCUUUAGGUUUUUAUUUUGUUUAAUCAGAUUCAUUGGCAAAUAUUUACACAUAGAUUUUUAUUCACAGAAGUGACCAUUUAAGAAGAUAGUAUGUAACACUUGAAUGAGUUUUGAGUGUAAACUAGUAAGAUAUUAUGUUGUAAUUAUGUAUUCAUUGUUAUUUUUUUUGUUUCUUUUUCGUUAUUUAAUAACAGAAGAUGAUGUUUUGUACAGUUAUCAAGUUAAAGUAUUUUUACUGUAUUUUAUAUGGAUACUCUUCAAUUAAUAUGCAUGUACAUGUAAACGGGAUAUAUAUGUGUGUUGAAGCACGUCCUUAUAAACAUUGUUGUUGCUAGAGAGAGGUAAAUUAUGAAUAAGGUCAUCGUGACCUAGUUUUAUAACAUUUUUGUUGCUAGAAAGAGGUAAAUUAUGAGUAAGGUCAUUGUGACCUAGUUUUAUAACAUUGUUGUUGCUAGAAAGAGGUUAAAUAUGAAUAAGGUCAUUGUGACUUAGUUUUAAAUAAAACAUUGUUGUGGCUAGAGAGAUUGUUGUGGUAAAUUAGGUCAAUGUGACCCAUAUUAAAGUACUGGUCACAUUCUGGGUAUAUUUGUUAAUUAUGUCACUGUGACUCAGAAAACAAAAUUGUAUUGCAUAUUAUUUGUAUGUACUGGUAGACUUAAUAAUUAGCAAGGCCUUGCUUCAUUUUUUGUCUCUAAUUCAAUUUGUAUAAACCAUUGAAUUUUUAACAUGAUUUUAACACAAUCAUUCUUUUUCAAUGAAUGUAUGUAUAUUUAAGAUAUAUUUGCACUCGUUGCUAAUGUUUAAAAAAUAAACUGAAUGAAAUAAAAGCAGAAUAUUCAAUUUUCCGUGUUAAAUUUGAGUAGCAAGAAUUGAAGAAAUUAAAAACACACUUUGCAAAUACACAUGGCUAUUAUAUAACUUUUUAAACUUAUAGUAGAAUGAUUCUAGACACAGUUGACAAUGCUACUUAUAAAUAAUUCUGUGAUGAAAGGUCAAUAAAUGUUAACAUUUAAA